AUGUCUUCCCCAUUGAGUGAUACGUUGGUGUUUGAACCUAUCAAGGUAGGUGAUGUUACGUUGUCCAACCGUAUUGUCUUGUGCCCUACAACUCGAUUCAGAGCUGCCAAGUCUGGCAACGACGUGCUGAAUCACUUACCCUCGGACUUGAUAUUGGAUCACUAUGCUCAAAGAGCUCAAUACCCGGGAACUUUAUUGGUAACUGAAGCCACUUAUGUCAGCCCUCAAGCAGGUGGUUACGAUGGUGUACCAGGAAUUUACACUGUUGAACAAACCAAAGCUUGGAAAAAAGUUGUUGAUGGUGUUCAUGCCAAAAAGAGUUUUAUCUCUUUACAAGGUUGGUUUUUGGGUAGGGUUGGUGAUCCAAGGGUGUUGAAGAAGGAAGGACAGAAGUAUGUUUCGGUGAGCCCCAUAUAUCCAGAUGAUAGGUCCAAGAAGUUGUCUGAAAAGGCAGGCUUACGAUUGACUGAAUUGUCGAUUGAAGAUCUCAAGCAAAUCAUCCAUCAAGAUUAUGCCAAUGCAGCAAAGAAUGCAAUGGAAGCUGGAUUUGAUUUCUUUGAGUUGCAUGGAGCUCAUGGGUACCUCUUGGAUACUUUUUUGCAUGAAAAUACAAAUCACAGAACUGACCAAUAUGGAGGUUCAAUUGAAAAAAGAGCUAGUUUCAUUUUGGAAUUGAUUGAUCAUUUGAGCACUGUUAUCCCAUCUUCAAAAUUAGCCAUUAGGUUGUCUCCAUGGGCUGAGAUCCAAGGCGUUGUCGAAGAAACCAGCCCAAUUCCACAAUUUUCGUACUUGUUGGCACAGUUGCAGAAACGAGCAGACAGUGGUAAACCACUUGGCUACAUUUCAGUCGUUGAACCAAGAGUUCAAGGUGUGGUCACAGUAUCCCUUGACAGCAUCAAAGGAACCAAUGAUUUUGUUGAAAGUGUUUGGAAAGGUGUUACUUUAAGAGCUGGAAACUAUACAUAUGAUGCACCUGAGUUUAAUCAAAUCAAAAAAGACGUCUCAAAUGGCAGAACAUUGGUUGGAUUCUCUAGAUUCUUUACAUCGAAUCCAGACUUGGUCUACAAAUUAAAGAAUGAUCCUUCUAAAUUGGUCAAGUAUGAUAGGAAGCUGUUUUACCAACCAUACAAUUGGGGUUACAAUACCUUCGAUGGACAAAGUUAUGACGAAGAGGCUGAAAAGAAGAGAUACGCCCAGCCGAUCAAGAGGAGUGAAGCUAAUUUGUAA